AUGAAGGCAAGCCAUUGCAGUUUACUACUACAUCAAAAUUUGCAGAAAUGAAGCCACUCAGUGUUCUUUGCACUUUCGUUCUCCUUCUCCUUUUCUUGCAGGGUCUUUCAGAGGCUUUCACUAAUGUGAAUGAAGGGACCAACACGGCAGCUCUCGACAAAAAACAUAUCUAUUCUCCAAAAAUCAAUUGCAAAUAUGCAUGCUCAAGGCGAUGCAUGAAAGUGAGGAGAAAGAAGAUAUGUAUGCGGGCUUGCGGAAGUUGCUGCAGUCGGUGCCACUGCGUCCCGCCCGGCACUUACGGCAACCACCAAGCUUGCCCUUGCUAUGCUCGCCUCAGGACCCAUGGCAAUAGGCUCAAGUGCCCCUAAGUUCCCAUUGUUCUCUUCUUCUACCAUAUUUUCAUUUUAUGUUUGGAGCUGGUUCUAUUUUAUGCUCUUUUCCGUUGAUAUUCAGACAAUUCAAAUACUCAUAAAUGUGGUUAAAAUAUGCAUAUAUCACUGGUGCCUUUUGUUGUGUCGUUAUAAGGGCAGUGAAUUAUGAAUUAUGUCUUUUGUUGUGUUCGUUGGAAGGGUGGUUGAUUAUGUAAUUUGUUUUGUGAUUGAUAAUAUAUGAAGUCUUUA